UCCUGUGGCAACACUGUGUUACGCAUAUUAUGUGUUUGUUGUUUACUGACUAUAUUAUUACGGAAAGUGCGUGUAGCUACCUUUAUGCCUCGAAUGCACAUGUAUCAUAUGAACAUAGAGAGUUGUGAUUCGAUUAUUGGAGGGUUAAAAAUAAAUUGUAUACAAUAUUAAGAAAAAUGGGUAUAACGACAAAGCAGGAGACUCAUCGACCAGGAGUUUGCAAACAAAUUAAUAAAGCGCAUAAAACAGGGAGGCAUCGAAGUAAAGGUACUAUUGGUAAUGAGAUUAAAGGGAAAACUAAUAUAAAAGUUAUAUCGAAGCAAAUUCAUAAAAAUUUAAACAGAGAUGCGCGAAGACAUCAGUCUUCGCAACUCAGAAAGAAGAAGAGAGAAAAAGUUUUAGCGCAAAAACGAAAUCUUGGUGGCAUCCAUUCGGCCCCUAUUCUCAUAUGCAUAAUAUCACUACAAGAAGAUUUGGUAUUAGAGCAGAUCGUUUCAAAAUUCAAAAAUGCAGAUGACACUAUAAAUGUUUGUACGAGUCCAUAUGGAAUUACUCAUAUAAGUAUACCUAGAUUUAAACAACGUUUUUCAAUUAUUGUUCCUCCUAUUGGUAACAUUAUUGCAACGUUGGAUGCAGCUAAAGUCGCAAAUACUGUGCUUUUUGUUGUUUCUGCUACCAAUAUGGCAGAUGGAACUAUUAGAGAAGAAAUUCUAGAUGCAUGGGGUAAUGAAAUAAUAGUCUCUUGUUUGGGACAAGGUUUGCCUACUACUAUUGUUGCUGUUACAAAUGUAGACAAACUACCUUUCAAGAAAUGUCAAGACUAUAAACAACAUGUAAUACAGACUCUUUCAAAGUGGCUUCCUGAAGAAAAAGUUUUCCAUUUGGAUAAACCCAUUGAUACAUUGAAUAUUUUACGUCGGGCAGGUACACAAAAACAAAGAACUGUAUCAUAUAAAGCAAAAAGGCCGUAUUUGUUAGCGGAAGAUUUAAAGUUUAAAUCUAAUGAGGAUUCGGUUGAUCAUGGAACUCUUAUGGUCACAGGAUAUUUGCAGGGUUUAUCAUUAUCUGCAAAUGAUUUAAUACAUAUCUCUGGUUUAGGAGAUUUUCAAAUGUUACAAAUCGAUGCCGUUGAUGACCCAUAUCCGAUAGAUAAGAAUAAAUCGAAGAAGCAAUCUGGAUCUGUAGAAAUUGAUAUGAAGAGUGAUAUUUCAGUCAGAGUACUCGAACAUGCAGAUCGUAACAAACAGGAAUCACUUGAAAGUGAAAACAUACCAGAUCUAAUGGAUGCAGAACAAAUUUGGCCCACUGAAGAAGAAUUGGCACAGGCAGCAGCUGCUCAAAAGAAAAAGGUUGUAAAAGUAGUACCAAAAGGCAUGUCUGAAUAUCAAGCAGCUUGGAUUCUUGAUGAGGAUGCUGAAUAUUCAGAAAAUGAAUCUGAUGAUAAUAUGUCUGUGGAUGGUAUAAAGUCUCAAGCAAAUAGCGAAGCUGACAUGGCAUCCGACGAAGAGUAUGAAACAAUUACAAUAUCAGAGGCGGCACCUGAUGAACGUAUAUACGAUCAGAAUAUUGACAUGAUGGAAGAAAAGGAAGCUAUGGAGAAAAUAAAGCAAGCAAAAUUGGACGUUCAGUUUCCCGACGAAGUGGAUACACCUCAACAUAUGUUGGCUAAAAUUAGAUUCCAAAAGUAUCGUGGACUUGAAUCAUUUCGAACAAGUCCUUGGGAUCCCAAGGAAAAUUUACCGCUGGACUAUGGACGCAUAUUUCAAUUUGAAAAUUUUGAUCGAACGCGUAAACGAAUAUUCAAAGAAAGUCAGGAAUUAAGUGCUUUGCCUGGUUGGUACGUUACGCUUCAUGUUGCUAACGUUAAAAGAGAUCUUUUUACUGCAUUCUGUACAUUAGACAAUCGGCCAUUAAUCGUUUUUGGACUACUCCCAAACGAACAGAAAAUGUCUCUCCUAAAUAUUGUAUUAAAUCACGCUAAUAGUUAUCAGCAAGCUAUAAAGUCUAAAGAAAGAUUAGUGUUCCAAUGUGGAUUUCGAAGAUUUUCGGCCUGUCCAAUAUUUAGUCAACAUACAAACGGAUCUAAACAUAAGUAUGAGAGAUUUUUUCAUCCAGAAACGACUAUAGUUGCGAGCAUGUAUGCACCAAUUAUCUUCCCACCAUGCCCGGUUUUAUGCUAUAUCGAGCAAAAAAAUGGUAGUUUAGAUCUAGUUGCUACUGGAAGCGUUUUAUCCGCUAACCCGGACAGAAUUAUUGUAAAAAGGGUAAUUCUAAGCGGGCAUCCCUUUAAAGUACAUAAACAUUCUGCUAUAGUUAGGUUUAUGUUUUUCCAUCGCGAAGAUAUCAACUGGUUUAAACCUGUGCAACUUAGGACAAAAUAUGGACGUAGGGGUCACAUUAAAGAACCUUUAGGUACACACGGUCAUAUGAAAUGUGUAUUUAAUGGACAGUUGAAAUCUCAAGACACUGUAUUGAUGUAUUUAUAUAAGCGGGUAUUUCCGAACUGGACUUACGAACCAUUAUUCUUAACUCAAAUAUCCGAAAAAGACGACAAUAUGAACAUAGAUUAAUAAUGAAAAUUUCAUCUAGAUAAUUAUUAUAUAAUUCAAGUUGAUUCAGUAAGAGAACCUAAAAAUUAUCCGAUUUGUUUUCAUUUUAGUUACUUAUAUAUGAAUAUUGAUAUAUAGUAAUAUUUAUUGUAUAGUAUCCGUUCGGAUAAAAAUUCAGAUAUUUUACUCAAGAGUCGACUAAUAAUUCAUAAAUUCGGAACUUUUACGAAUUGAAGAAGAUAACUUUUCGCUAUGCUUAUUCUCAGAAUGCUGAGAUUUUGCAUGAUAUUAAAGAAAGUAUCAUCAUGAUUUUUAUCUUGUGUUAAUGAGAAAAUAGUAGAACAUUUGAAAUCACGACAGUUCAGCGGAUAUGCUAUUUUUUCUUCUACGAGUCCUAAUAGGUUGUAAGCUUUGAAUACGAAAGUAACUCAAUCGGCGUUCCCUCUCAUGUUCUUCCAUGCUAAGUUUAUUCAAAAGAAUAGGGCCAGAUAUCAUCAUGACAAUCGCACCGAGGGGCGCUAAAAAGACGAUAGCAACUAUCGAUAUUCUGACGACGUCGAGCGCCAAUUCGAUUUGUUCUGGAUUUUCUUCAGUCGUGCGUUCAUAGGUCAUGGGUGCCAAUGCAGCCUACGAUAUAUAAUUAUAUUUUUCAUAUUGAUUUUUCAAAGUAUAAUAGCAAUUAUAUACAUAAGUCCAGAAGGAAUAAAAAAAAUAUAUAUCAACCUGAAGAGUACCCUUGGGUAUCCAAGCGAGAGCGAUGAAUGUUCGUUCUUUCCAGGAGAAGUGUGUCUUGAUCGUUGAUAAAAUGGCAACAAUGCAACGUGUCUAUAUAAGAAAUAGAUUUUCGAAGAUGAAAGAAAGAUUUCGCUUUAUUUACAUUUAUAAAGAUAAGCUUACCGUUAGACCAAUGAGUAUGCAAGUACAGUAAAGACCGAAUCUCGAUAAGGACCAGUUUUUAAAAUCGAUAUCGGCUCCGAUGACACCAACCAAAAUGGGCUGCAUAAAAUGCCAGAGAAAGUACAUUGCUCUUCGAAGCGGCAUUGUCUGUUGCAUAAUAAUAAUUUUUUUUUGUUUCUCUCUCUCUCUCUCUCUCUCUCUCUCUCUCUUUUUUUAUUUAUUUUUGCCCUUUUCUUAUUAUAUUUUUAUAUUUCGAAUAUUUCGGUAAAAUGGUUAAUAUACGAGACGACGCACUUUCGAAGUAGCAUGAUCGACUAUGAAGUAGUAUGAUAAAAGGUACAUACGUCGUAGGAUACUGUCAAUAUUCGCCAUCCCGUAAUAGCUACGAAGGACAUUAUUAUGAUUGCAAUAUAUGGUCCACCAGUGAUGGGGAGUUUCAAUGUCGACGAGGUACACAUUAACGCAGCCAGUACCAAACUUGACAAUCGGUACCAAGUUGCGUAUUUCUAAAUUUUUAUGUACAAUAUGUUCCAUUUUAAUCAAUAUGCUUUUUUGUUGAAAUUACGCAAAAUUAUCAAAAAGUUCGACAAUAUUUUCUGAAUUGCCAAUCUAAACACAAUAAUUUGUAAAAACAUGGUUCGAAACAAAGUAUUUUGAAAGUAAAAAAAAUUAUUGUAUCGAAAUAUCUCCUUUUUUCUGAUAUCUCGUAAAUUAAUAUCUAUCUAUGCAGAAAAAAAGGAUGUGCUAUGUAUGUUUUACGAAUACUGUUUGGUUUAUCAAACACAAACACAUUUCUUGUGUCGUCCGAGCGUAAGUACUUACAUGAUUACGAUGGGGGAAAAAAGCCAAAAAAGUACCAAGAAGAAGUCCGACCGAAACGCCUAGGAUAAGGUCUCGAAGGCCACUAGGUAUAUACGACCACCACUUAGUUGGAUGAUUUUCUGUAAUGGAAACUACUUUUGUCUUAUUCCGAUUUAUUUUGCGAACGAAUAAAAUAAUUAAAACAUUAAAAUAUUAUAGACGAGUACGUUUUGCAUAAUAUACCAAAAUGUAUAUAUACAUAUCUUCUUUGUAUAUUAGGUAUAAUAUUAUAAAGUAUUUGAUUACCGUCAAAAACGGUGGUGUAGAAAAUGGAGAAAAGUGAGAGGAUGUGUACGUCGUCGAUGGAAGUAGCCGCAUUAAGUAAAGAAGCCAAUCCUUUAUCUUCACCGUAACCAUGUUCGGCCAGUGCCAGCAUACAAUUGACGGUAACAACAGGAGACAUACAGGCAACAAUUGUACUAAAAUUGAAAUUAUCGGUUUGAUUACCGUUAUUGUAUUCCCGAUGAACAAAAAGGAAAGAGAAAAGAACAAAAUAGGUUGUCGCGCUAUUUACCCGGUCAUAAAGGCCCAGUUCCAAGGAUAAUUAAGGAUAUACUUUGCGCAAAUAGCAAGGAUUAACAUUUCCAUAGUACAAGGUAGGAUGGCAAGAAUCGCGACGAAGAGGGGAUGUUGACGGAUCGGCGUGGUAGUCAUUUGAAGACCGGCACGUAUCAUGAUGAAAGUCAAACAGAACGUUCGUAUUUUCGCUAGUGUCCUGAUGCCAAGUUCUCGUCUAAUGUCGUAGAAAUUUAUAUUUCUCACGAUUAUACCAGCCAGGAGCAUGCCGAAGACAGGUGGAAGGUUCAUGUAUGGAACAUAGGCGAGCGUCCAUCCAAGGAGAUAAGAGAACACGACGAUAACGAAAAGACCAAAGUAGCUGCCUUUGGGUAACAUUGUUUCGCCGAGGAGAAAGAAGAGAGUCAUCCAAGCCAUCAAGAUCAUCGCUGUAACGCUCGUCAGCCAAAAUAGGUUCAUCCACGUUAUUUCCAUGUCAAAACAUCUCAAGAUCGAAUCGGUCACAAUGAUCUUGCGCAAUAUCGGAUGGCAAAAUGUCGCUCGGGAGCAACAGCUAUUAUCGUCUUCUUCCUCAUCCUCCUCGUUCCCUACUAAAUGUACGUCGUUGUUGUAUACUUCCUCUAUAUUCAUCUCUACGAACUAGUUAUAUCCUUUUCUGAUAUUUCGAUAGAACCAACACUGAUUAUUUAUUUGUCCAUUAAUAUUCAAAAUUUUACAAAAGAUAAAGACAUUUUUAAUAAAUAUUUGAAAAAUAUUUAAUGCACGAUGGCUAUAUAUUUUCAUCGAAAGUGAAGGUUGGCUUAUGCCAAAAGAAUUUAAUUCCAGUUUAAUUAACCGAUUUAUGUAGUAUUCUACCGCUUAAAGUUAGUCACUUUUUAAUAAGAGGGAAACGAGGCUAUCACAAAAUUUGAAAAAUGAUUUCGAUGAGAAGAUACGCGUCGUAAAUGUUAAAAUCGUGAAUAUCGAACCACUCGAUGUUAGCUUACACGAUGUUUCAUCUAUAUCUAACAAUUUUGAGAAGCUCUUCGGUAGAUACAAGAAAUGUGAUUCUUCAAUAGAUUCUAAAAAUGUUAGCUUAGAUUUUUAACGUCAUUUCAUUGUAAGGAAACGCGAGUAGAGCUAAAAAGAUGUUAAUAUGCCAAUAGUUAUUGAUAAAAAUAUCAAAUAUCGAUAAAUUAUUAUGUGAUAAAAUUAAUAUCUUAGUACAUAUUAGUACAAUAGUUUAUUUACGUAUUGACGGUAUCGAUAUUUAUUGAUAAAAUCGAUAAUUAUAACUUUACGUACGAUCAUUUUUUUCUUUGAUAAUUAUAUCGCUAUGGGACGUAACUUCAUUACGACAUUUUUAUUCGUAUUUAAUAUGCAUGUACGUAGCGUUUGUUUGUCUCGUCAUUUUUUGAAAAAUUAUUUUAUUAAAGGAAACAGCGAAAGGUAGGCGACAAUCUAUUGAUAAUCCAGCUGGCGUCAACUUUUUUCCCAAGGCGUUUGUAGGUCGCCAUCAGUACUCACCCCAAAGAUUCUAAGAGACUUCUGCGCCCUCUUGCAGACCGCUUAUUCUAGCCAACCUCCUCCUCUUUCGGUGCGUUUUGCGCGAGAGAAUAUUCAGUUUGCGAGCAGUGCUCGUCACGAUCGUGUUGAAAUUUUUAUUUUGAGUGCAUUGCUUCAAGAAUAUACACUGUGUUCUGUGGACGAGUAGAUUUUGACAUUUUCUUUCCUUUUUUCUUUUUUGUUUCCAAUAAUACAACUGGCGUUAAAACAAUCUUUACCUUUCACCCUCUUCGUUUUUCUCUUUUUCGGCCGCGUUCGAUAUCCUUGGAUAUGUUCUGCUCAUGUUUCGUCUUGUGGACGAGAUAAUAAGGACGAUCGUGUCUUUAAAUAAACAUAAAGGACAACAACGCUUAAACUGUGUAUCAUUAAGGAUCCGUAAUAAGUAUAAAUAGUACCUAUGUAGUCUCGUAUCUGUAAAAGGUGCGACAUACCUAUACGGUGUAUUCGUCUUCUUUCUCAUGGCUUUCUCUAAAUGGUAGUUCGCCAACCAGUUUUUAUACGGAUUACAUUUUUCCAUUGACUUCAUGUGCUCCAUUUCGUCUACUUUCAGUCUUCGUUUUUUUCUCUAUAGGCUCCUUUUUUCUGAGAAUAGUAGAGACUUCACUGAAUCAACUAUGGUUUGAAAGAUCGAAGAAAUAGUUCACCCUCAGAUAGAACAAAACUUUAACUUGAAUUGUAGUCGACAUGGAAAUGUGGGUCACGGUGCUUCGCCAGACCAAUGCGUGGUUGCUCGGAGGAUAGCAACUAGAGAGCGAAGGGAGAGAGAUAGAAAGAAGCUUCGCAAGAAGGAAGAAAUACGGGUCUCGUCACGACCGCCCCACAAACGUUGCGUCGUUCAGUGAUUUGUUUUGACAUGUGUGCAUAGGCUGCCAUAUUGGAUUAUAGAGCAUCGUAGCAUCCUGCUGAAGGAGGAUUGAAAUGAUUUGCGCGUCCUAAGGAAAACUGAAGGGAGCAUACACCAAAGCUCAAUUAUGAAUCCUGAGACGAUGAUAGCGAGUCAUAGUUAAGUGCAAAUACCCCACUGUGGAAUGGACGAGCAGAUACGAAUAGACAAAUAAAAAGUAGAAGAGAGUUUGUGAGAGACCAAGAAAAAAGAUGGAAGGAGAAAAAUUAGCAGAGUAAAGAGUAUGGACUAAAAAGAAAAGCGAAAACGAAAAAAAUCUUAUAACGAAGGGUAGAAGCAAUGCGUUUAUUGGAUUUUCGCCAUAAAACGCAUUGUACAUACUAUACGGUACGUGUAUCUACGUAUUUACACCCUUAUUUCAUGAAUAGCUUCGCCGAGCAUGCGUUCGCUUAGGCUCACAAAAACGAGUUGCCUUUUGUAUAAUCUACUCUUUAUUUUUAUCUUUUUCUUUCUUUGUUUUUUUAUUUUAAAAGAAAAAUCGUCUGUAAGCAAACGCGUCAAAUGUGUGCGCGCGAAGAAGUCGCGGUUGCUUUUCCUAUCUGCUCGUUACGAAUUUAGCGCGUGUACGUAGGUAAAUAAACCUACGUCUAUUUUCUAGGUCCAGUAGAUUGAACCUCAGAAACGAUUAUAUUUUACGUGAAAUGAGAAUAGUUCAGAGUUCUUGUGAAAAUUUCUUUCGACUACCUCGCUAGUAUCUUUCCAUGUGUAUUUUCUCUUUCUGUUUUUUUCAUUUUAUAUAAUUUUUCUAUUGUGUAUAUUUUUUCCGAUAAUCAACAUUAGUUUGAAUUUCAAUUAUAAAUUAUUGAUACUCUAUCUAAAUAUAUGUACAUUAUCGUACGAGUUUUUUACUCUAGAUUUCAUCAUAUUCAUUGUCAUAGCUGAUAAUAGAGCUUUCCUUGUAUUAAUUUAAUUUAUCAUAGGGAAAAAAUAGAUUAAUGUGCAAAGAAAUAGUGUAACGUCGAAAUUUGAUGUGUCACGAACUUUAGGGGGAAUAAUCUCGUAAAGUAAAAAAUGGAGGAACGUACGCAGAUAGAUAGAUAGAUAGAUAGAUAGAUAGAUAGAUAGAUAGAUGGAUAGAUAGAUGUAUAGAUAGAUAGAUAGAUGGAUAGAUAGAUAGAUAGAUAGAUAGAUAAAUAGAUAGAUGGACGGACGAACAGACAGAUAGACAGAUAAAUAGAUAAAUAGAUAAUAAGAGUGAGAAUCAUGAUAAGUUUAUAAAAAAGACCUUUGUUUUAUGAGUGAAUUGGUACAAUAUCUUACAAUCAAGAUUAUGGAUCUACUACUCUCACGUUUUAUUUCGCGAGAGUUUUCCUUCUACAUGCUUUUUCUCCCAUCGUUAGACCUUCCUGUGAAUCUCGCGAAAGCGAGAAAGACCAAAGUUUCACUUUGGUACUGUUCAUUGUUCAAAUCGACGACUUUAAUCAUGGCUCCUUUUAAGGGAAUACGCAUUUCACCCGAUGAAUUGUCUUUCUUUCUUCUUUUUUAUCUAUUAGUUAAUAAUUUAAAAUAUUAAUUAAUUAAAAAUAUUAAUUUUUAUUAAAUAUUCUGUAAAAGUAGAACGUGUUGUACACGAAAAAAUUAGAUAAGGUUCUAAUUUAGGAAUAUUGAUAUAAGAAAAAAGUGUAAGAAAAAAGUUGCAUCCAUACGUGGACAAAAAGGUGAAACGCAGAUGUUGGAUUGCACAUGCAGCACAGCUUUGAAUGGGAAAAUGUCCAAUGUGAGAAUGACGUGCCUUCCAUCCUGGUCGAAAACUUCCCUCCUAUGCCCCCUCUUUUUCCCUCUUUUCCUUCAUUUUGUAAUUUUUCUUCUCUUCAGAAUAACUCGACAUGUUCUACUUUUUCAAUAAGAUUAGAUGACGUACGAUUUUGCAAAGUAGCAUUCACAUGUAGCGAGUACUCAGAUACAAGGAUAAAGUAUGACAGGUUAAAUUAAAUCCGAGCCUUGCAAUUAAUACAAGAUUCUGUGGGCUUUGCGUUUUUGGAUUAAGCACUUAAAAUUUCCAUGGCCUUCUGGGAUUCUCUUUAACUCUGAUCAAAUAUUUACUUUUAUUAUCUCGUCUUAACCUUUGAAAUACUUGAUUCAACUGCUUUAAUUUAAUUUUACUGCUUUAUAUUAUUUUUUUUUCAGCGUGAUUUUGUAAGUUUCACAGUAUCUUUUGUUUUGAAAGAAAAACUGAAAAAAAAACAGAAGUGUUCUAUGAUCAGUAAGAGAAUAGAAGAUUCUUGUGUUUUUAUAAUUACUACAAUCGUACUAUCGCAAAACUGUUAUAAAAUUUAAUUAUUCAUACAAGCCUUAGUUAAUUAUUCCUUUUCUACCAGCAUGAAAAUACAUCGAAUCUACGGACAUUGGCCCAGAAUAUACAGAAAUAGGACGAUCGAUUGUUGGGGUCAGUGACUCAGAUGAAUUUUCUCUCAAAGAAAAGAAGUUAUUGAUUGAUAUUGUAGCUAUCAAACAUAUAUCGCUAUUGUUAAAAUACUGUUACUUUGAACGUAGUAAAAUUUAUUAUAAUUUCUUUUUGUAUCUCUACCAAUUAUUCGCAUUUUUAUUACAGAAAAUAAAAAAGCUGAGAAAAAAGGUU